AUGACGCUGCAUCAAUAUGACUACAUCUUCGCCAUCGGCACUCUGUUUGCCCUGCUCGAUGCCUACAACAACGGUGCCAACGAUGUCGCCAACUCCUGGGCUACCAGUGUCUCCUCCCGCUCUGUCUCCUAUCGCCAGGCCAUGAUCUUCGGAACCGUCUUCGAGAUGCUGGGUGCCAUCUGUGUCGGCGCUCGAACCGCUGAUACCAUCAAGAACGGCAUCAUCCCCAACUCCGCCUUCCAGGGCAACGCCGGAGUGCAGAUGCUGGCCUUCACCAUUGCUCUUGCAGCGGCCUCCUCGUGGGUGAUGUGGUGCACGCGACACUCCGCCCACGUCUCCUCCACCUACUCCCUCAUCGCCGCCGUCGCCGGUGUCGGUGUGGCGACGGUCGGGGCGUCCGAGGUACAAUGGGGAUGGAACGACGGCAAGGGCAUGGGUGCCAUUCUGGCCGGUCUGGGCAUGGCACCAGUCAUCUCCGGCUGCUUUGCUUCCAUCAUCUUCAUGCUCAUCAAGACCGUGGUCCACAUGCGUCGCAACCCCGUCCCCUGGUCGGUCUACACCUCGCCCUUCUGGUUCCUGCUUGCGGCCACCCUCUGUACUCUCUCCAUCGUCUACAAGGGUUCCCCAAGCUUGGGUCUGAGCAAGAAGCCCGGCUGGUACAUUGCCGCCGUGACUAUGGGUACGGGUGGUGGUGUGGCCGUGCUGUCCGCCCUUUUCUUCCUCCCCUUCGUUCACGCUCGGGUCAUCAAGAAGGACCCAGGCGUCAAGUGGUGGAUGUUCAUCUACGGCCCCUUGCUUCUGAAGCGGCCCGCUCCCGCCCACGCAGAGGCCGCCAAGGUGCCCGACUAUGCUGUCAUCCAAGAGGAUGAGUUCCCUUCGCCGCCCGGCUCGCCCGAGACCCUCAAAGGCGCGGACGCCACCAUGGCCGCCAAACCCGGCUCGACCUCCGAGAACGGGGAGAAGGAGCUGGUCGCGUCCGAGACCCAGCAGCUGACCUACAAGGAACUCAUGGCACAGUCCGACAGCCGGCUGCGGGCUCGUCUGCUCCAGAAGCGCGGACCUCUCGGAUGGGCCAUGCGGACUCUGCGCGACAACCCGAUGGGGCCCGGACAGAUCUACGAAUUCAAGAACAUGGCCAUCCUCGCCAAGCGCAUCCCCGCCAUGAUCACCUGUGGCUUGCUGUACGGUCUGCACUACGACAUCCACGCCGCCCAGAGCGGCAUCAGCGGCACCCCCGAGGGCGACCGCAUGCAACGCGUGUACGCCCACGCGCCCAAGUACCCCAACGAGGUGGAGCACACGUACUCGUUCGUCCAGGUGUUGACCGCCUGCACGGCUUCCUUCGCGCACGGUGCCAACGAUAUCGGUAACUCCGUCGGUCCUUGGGCGGUCAUUUACUCGGCCUGGAGCACGGGUAAUGCGGCGGCGGCCAAGGCCCCGGUGCCCGUGUGGCAGCUCGCGGUGCUGUCGGCCUGUAUCUCGAUCGGACUGGUCACCUAUGGUUACAACAUCAUGAAGGUCAUGGGCAACAAGAUCACCUACCACUCUCCCAGCCGCGGCUGUUCGAUGGAACUGGGCGCCGCCCUGACCGUUCUGGUCUUCUCGCAAUACUCCCUUCCGGUCUCCACCUCCAUGUGCAUCACGGGUGCGACGGUGGGUGUCGGACUGUGCAACGGCACGUGGCGCGCCGUGAACUGGCAGCGGGUGGGCCUGUUGCUGCUGGCCUGGAUCAUGACGCUGCCGAUCUCGGGGACCCUGGGGGGCUGUCUGAUGGGGUUGUUCAUUAACUCGCCUCAUUUCGCUUCCUAG